AAAACCUCGGUCAUGUUUAGGCUGAUUGCCACAAUAAUAAACGGCAAUGGAUCUUUUUCUAAGAAGCUAGAGUUCUUGGUGGUGCCAAGGAUCACGGAUUUACUUCCUGUUUCCUCUCUACACAUUAGCAAAACAGAAAUUCCAUGUCAGUUAGCUGAUCCAAGAUUUGCUACACCAGGCAAGAUUGACAUGCUUAUUGGAGCUGAAGCAUUCUUUGAAAUAGUUAAGAACGAUCAAAUUCGUCCAUCGUGCAAUAAUAACCUAACAUUUCGUAACACAGUUUUUGGAUACAUCGCAACUGGAUCUACAGAAUCUAAUAAUCAAGAUCAAUAUUGUGGACUAAUAUCAGAGCCAGAGUCAGUCGAUAAGUGUUUACAAAGGUUCUGGCAAAUAGAGACUCUAACAGAGGCUCCAAGUUUGAUGAGUAAAGAAGAGGAGUAUUGCGAAGAUCAUUAUCAAAGAACUCACAGACGUAAUGAGGACGGGAGAUAUAUUGUGCAGAUGGCAACCAAGGACAUACAAAACUUGGGAGAGUCAAGGAAAUUAACAGUGAGGAGAUUGAAUCAGUUAUGGAAGAGACUAUCAAGGAACAAUCAGUUAAAGGAGUUAUAUCAGAAUUUCAUGAAGGAGUAUUUGGAUUUGGAUCAUAUGGAAAAGGUGCAAGAGCAUUCUGCUGAUCAGGUAGCAAACCCCAUAUGUUAUUACCUUCCGCAUCAUGGUGUGUUUAGACCAGACAAAACCACUACAAAGUUAAGGGUAGUCUUCAACGCAUCUGCUCCCACAACUUCUGGACUGAGCUUAAAUGAUCAUCUCUUGAAAGGUGAAGUAAAGGAAGAUGUUUUCGAGAUUAUGACAAGAUUUCGAAAAUACAAGUACGCAUUUACAGCAGAUAUCCAGAAAAUGUUUCGUCAAAUUCUAAUUGAGCCCUCGCAACGAGAUCUCUUGAGAAUUGUUUGGAAGAACGAGGAAGAUGAAAUGCCAGUCACCUAUAGACUGAAAACUGUGACUUACGGGACCGCCAGUGCUCCCUUUCUUGCGGUGAGAACUCUUAAGCAGUUGGCUCACGAUGAAGAAGCAAGCUAUCCUCUGGCCUAUAAAACCAUAUUACGAGAUGUCUACUGGAAGACAUCGUAUCGAGCAAGAUUUCGAUGCUGCCCUCGAACUACAAUCUCAGUUGUGCAAUAUGUUGAGCACAUGUGGAAUGACACUACACAAAUGGAAUUCUAAUUCAAUGAAAUUGAUGAACAGCAGUUCACCAGAAAAUAAAGAACAUUGCUUUUCCUCAAGUGCAGAACCAACAGUAAAAACCUUAGGCAUUAUUUGGAAACCGGUUGAAGAUCAGUUCAUAUUCAAGGUAUCG